ACCCAAGGUACCUCGACGACCAAGAGCCAACGUGGAGAUACCUGUUGCUGCCGACCGGAAAUCGGGAUAAUCAGGUUUGUGUCCGACAAGCAGUCAGAACGGGGCUAGUUAACUGUUGACCUCACUACUGCCUAAGUAAACCAUACGGGUAACACGUCCGUUGCUCCACCACCACCAUCAACAACAGUCGGCUCGCAGAGGAGCUUCCCGCACCCUCUCGUCAGCGUCAUUUGCGGCGUAUGCAGCCAAACCCCACAGUCUCUCGCUCGUGUUAAUCAUCCGUCAAUAUCGACGUUUUCUUUCCGUCUUUAUUAUCGAGUGUUGUUUUGAUUGCAUCACCAUCAAGAUGCCUCUUGGAAUCCAUAACCCUUUGCCCUCGUCGAUGAGAAGUGAAUGCAAGAAGGCUGGCAAGAUUCUGGCUUCUUUCGUUGACCCAAGACAAGCCUUCGGACCGGACAAGAUCAUACCCCCGCAGAUCCUCGCAAACGCCAAGGGUCUCGCGGUUAUAACAGUUCUCAAGGCCGGAUUUCUAGGCUCGGGUCGGUUCGGUUCUGGUGUGGUCGUUGCGCGGCUCCCCGAUGGCGGCUGGUCGGCGCCUUCUGCCAUUGCAACCGCUGGAGCUGGUUUUGGUGGUCAGAUCGGUUUCGAACUGACCGAUUUCGUCUUCAUCCUCAACGAUAGCGCAGCAGUGCGAACAUUUUCGCAAGUAGGAUCCUUGACAUUGGGUGGAAAUGUGUCCAUUGCAGCUGGUCCCGUAGGUCGAAAUGCAGAGGCUGCAGGUGCCGCCAGUCUUAAAGGCGUCGCAGGAGUCUUCUCAUAUUCCAAGACCAAGGGACUUUUCGCCGGUGUAUCUCUUGAAGGAAGCGUUCUAGUUGAGCGCAGAGAUGCCAAUGAAAAACUCUACAACACCAGGGUGACGGCUCGACAGCUUUUGAGUGGCACCAUUCCUCCGCCAUCUGCCGCUGAACCACUAAUGAAGGUCCUUAACUCGAGGAUUUUCUCGGGCGUUAACAGCUCUGCGGGCGAUGAGAUAUACAACGACAUGCCUAUUUAUGACGACCGACAUGAUGAUGUUGUCUGGGGUGGCCAACGUGGAACGGCGUACGGUGAGGGUGUCCGUGGCCACCGCACAGGCUCUGUUCAAAGUCAAGGCGGAUACGAGUAUCGCGACCGACCGUCCCGCGCGAGCACCUGGGCUGAUGACGUUUAUGACCGCUCCCCAAGCGUCGGGGUACAAAGAUCCUUUUCGACUCGCGCAAAUCCCAAUGAGACUUUCGAUCAGAUCGACACCCGCAGUCGAAGUGGAAGUGCAUUUAGCAGUGGCGGCUACUCCUAUAGCGACACAAAACCAAGCAGGCCUACUGCACCAAAGCCUCAAUUCAGCAGACCGCAACCAACGGGCCCAAACCAGGCCGUGGCAUUGUAUACUUUUGAUGCGGACCAGCCGGGCGAUCUCGGCUUCAAGAAGGGUGAUAUUAUAACGAUCGUUAAGCGGACGGACAAAGAGUCGGAUUGGUGGACCGGCCGUAUAGGAGGCAGAGAAGGCAUUUUUCCGAGUAACUACGUUGAACUCGUACAAUGAGGCGACCACGUGAAGGAACCCUGCCGAUGAUGACCUUUUGGCGGAUCUUCCUGCUGGGAAACCAUUUCAUGACACUGCAAAAGUAGCUGGGGAUGGUUGUAAGGAAAUUGAUAAAUGGAUGAAGGUACAAUGAUGAGAUAUCCCUUAUUGUAAUUGCUAAAUUAUCCGCUUCAUCUGUGGCAUGGACUUGUAUCCUUUUUCUGCUCUUUAUUCUACUUCGUGUACGUAUUGCUUUCAUUGUGCUGAAUCUAAAUCCAACUUUUGUCAGCCUUAUCGGCCCU